AUGCGUCGUCUCGUGCUUCUAACACUGACGAUCGCCAGUGUCACGGCGGCCCGUCAGUACUUUCAACAGCAGCAACAUAAUUCCGAAUUUCGAGUGGCUCCGGCAGAGUAUUCUUCAAACACAGCGCACGGAGUGUGGAAACCUAAACGAUCAGCAUGGUUGAAUGACUCGCCACCUCCUGAUAGAAAAGUUGGAAGAAGAGAUUUUUCGGAUUUAGUAUUCGUGAUGGGUGCAUCUUCUGUUAACCGUGCUCGUUUCAUCUCGAAGUCGUUCGGAGAUCCUCCUAUGGUCAUUACAGCAAAGCCUCCAACUUCUCCUAAUAUUUGGUUGGGCUCUAACGAUUUGAAAACCUCAAAUGAACCAGUCGCUGAAGCUUCAAUUGAAAUGAAAGUGAACUCAGAAGAACUUCUUACAUCUUCCGAAAACCGUGAUGGUACUAAAAGAGUUGUAAAACAUAUAAGAAGUCUUGAGCCGAGCGGUUAUGAGGGUGGAAAUGAAGGCAAUAAUCUAGAAGCAUGGCAAUCGGUACAAUCAAAUCAAGACGGUGUCUUCCCAGAUGGAUAUGAUGGUCUGUCCGCAAUGCCGAGAACACUAAUCAAUGAUAAUGUCGGAUCUCCUUCUCGGUCCCAAUUUCAACCUCCUCCACCUCCCAGACGUCCGAAUCCUUCUCCAAGAUCGCAUUCAAGGUAUCCUCCACCACCAUCAAGAAGGCAUAUACCUGAAAUGAAACCACCUGGUUUUAUGCCACCAGAAAUGACAGAAUUUUCGCCUUUGAGUGGAGAUUUUGAUGGAGAAGCGCCAUUGGAUAGAUCUGGAAGACAUUCUGGUCAUUCGGAUGGUGAUUCAACAUCAACAGCUGAAAUUGUAUUAGUGACAACUACGGAAGAGAUAACAACUACUACUUCCGAAACUACCACUUCUGCCACAACUACGGAAGAAACAACCACUGAACCGUCAACAACGGAACCUUCAACAACGGAAGAAUUCACUACAGAAGAAACAACGACAGUUAGUACGAAUCCUCCAACUACACCAGAACUUUCUGAUGAUCCGACAGAUGGCAAUGAUGCAACGGAUAUUGACGAUAAAAUUGUGAAAAAGGAGGUCUCAUCGUAUACUGCGGAAACGCCAGUUGCUCCGCCGUUUUUCGAAAACACUGUAACAUCCGUUUUUGAAGAACCUGAUGAUGAUGCUUUCGAAGAUUCGAAGCCCGUCAAAAAAAGUACUUUGCCAAAUGGUAUCAACUCAAAAAGAUCAACUUCGUAUGCAAAUCCAUUGACCGUUGAUAACGCUGCUGCAGAAUCGCGAAAUACAAAACUCAGUUGUCUUCCAUGUGCACCAGGAACUGUUGCAGUACCACCGAAAGAAGAAAAUCUUCCACCAAUUGAGCCACUUCCAUCUGUUGCUGGGCCAUAUCAACCUCCAAGAACAUUACCUGUGGCUCCAGGUGAUCCAAGUGAAUCCACUUUCGUUCAAAUUCACGAGACGGAAACACCGUCUGCACCUUCUCCAGCUUCUCCGUCUUCUGUAUCUGUUACUAUUCCUCGAGUUGCUUUGCCUGCUUCUGUUUCUGUUCCUUCUCCAUCUCCUGCUUCUAAUGUACCGGUUACGAUCACACUGUCAGCUCCUGCUAAGUCACCGGCGACAUAUGGACCAGCACCUGAACCAUCACGACCUGCAGUUCCUCCUGUAGCACCAGCACCUUCUGUCAUUCCAACUUCAUCACAACCAUCACAACCAAAGCAGACUCAACCAGCUCAACCGACACCUUCUGCCCCCAAAAUCCCAGAAGGGCCAGCUCAGCCAUCUCCAAAUGCUGUGAAGACAUCGUAUGGCUCUUCUCCUGCGGCUCCCAGAGUUCCAGAAAUGAUAGAGGUGGCGCCUGGAAAUGUUGAAAAAACGCCUGACCAAACAGAUAAUCAGGUUCCUGAAACAUCGCAUGAAAUGGCACCAGCACCCGCACCACAACCUUCUCCAUCUUCACCUGUUUACGGUCCAACUCCAUCCGAACCUGCGAAGCCAUCGAUGCCAUCUGGAGAAUCUCCAGCACAACCAGAACCAUCAAUCCCUGCAGUAAAUCCAGAACCAUCACCAUCACAACCUUCAUCGUCUGGACCUAUCCAAACUGCACCACCUUCUCCUUCAUCGCCUAAUGCUAUACCAGAAGGCCCUCCGCCUGGUCCUGAUGUUCCAGUUAUGAUUGCACUUCCACCACCAAAAUCUCCAUAUAAUAGCGGCGCAGGAGAAGAUAAAGGUGGAGAAGUAGAUCAAGAAGAAGUCAAUCCAUCGGAACGUCGUCCUGAGAUUAGUUCAAUUUCGGAAGAGAAUUCUAUUGAAAAUAUUUCCAAAACAAAAACACCCACCACAGUUCCAAAAAGCACCAUCACUGGCCGUAUGCCAUCGUCUGUUAAUCCAUCUGAUAACUUGUCUAAUAAUGAAAUGGAUGGAAAUGCACAUAAUCAACCAUCUGAGUUUAGCAACUUAAGUGAAACCAGUAUAACACCUGCAUCUUCGCAUUUUGGUCAUGAUGGAAAGAAACAAGAAAAGCUUCCUGGUUCAAAAGGACCAAUUCCUCCACCACGACAAGAAAGUAUAACUGGAAGUACACGGCACCCAACUAGAGGAAGCUCUCCUUCAAUUAUUCCACCGUAUGCGACAGCUCCCACAAGUUCCCCAGAUAAGAAGCCAACUACCAUACCACCAACAUUUCCUACACUAUCUGUGGAUUCCGAUGGUAUUCAACAAGAACUCCGUACAACAAGAUCACCACCCAAUGUUGCAUUACCAUCAUCUCGACCAUCAAAAACUUUGCUUACUCCUUCGGAAUUGCCUAUUAUUUCCAAUCUUCCUGCAAGCCGGCAAUCUACUAGUGCACCUUCAGUACCAAAUGUUUCAAAUAACUCUCCUUCUCCUCCAAGUCAAUCAAUUCCAAUCGAGAGUACAGUACCUAUUUUCGGUACACCGUCAUCAAUUCCAUCGAUGGAACCGACACGAUCAACAGCGAACUCCUCUAAAAAUCACCCGGUUUCGUCAAAGAUUUCUAAUUCGAACCGGCUUCCAGUAUCAACUGGUUCAAAAAUACAUUUAAAUACGAAAUCUCCACAAACUGGAGCUAUGGAAAACUCUGGCGAGGUUAUAUCGGUUGAAGAACCAAUCGGAAAACCAGUUUCGAUUCCUGGCGGAACUGGUGCUGCUCUACCUUACACAUCGUUUCCAAAAACACAAAAAUCGUCGACCUUCGCAAGUACUGAUGUUCAUUCUGCGUCUGCACCUUCAUUGCCAGAAAAACUAUCUCACUCCAAGAAUGAAUUUAAAGCAACUCCGCCGUCUAUCUCAGCUGCUACUACUACUCCGAAUGUUGUUGUUGAUGCAUUCGAAAAUUCAUCUCCUGCUGCCCCAGCAGUUUCCACUAUGGAAGAGGUAACACCAUCCGGGACAACUGCAUCCAUUUCUCAAUCUCAACCAACUCCUGGACCCCCUGGUGCUGUACCACCUUACGCAUUAUUCCCAAGAACACAUCAAUCAUCUAAUUCUCUAAGCACCGGUUCUUCUUUGCCGACUUCUUCUUCUUCUUCGGCACCCGUAAAAGUAUCAUCAUCAAAAAUAGAAUCAAUGAAAACAACUCCGUCGUCUUCUUCUGUUAGUUCUUCUGGCUCAGACCUUCAAACACAAGAACCAACUCAGGCAUCCUCAAAUGUUGUGGAGAUAUCUGAAGAGUCUUCUUCUCCGAUAGUCUCAUCAGUUUCUACAAUGGAAGAGAUAACAUCAUCCCAGCCAAGCGCUCCCACUUCACAAAUUUUGACUGCAAAGUCUCGUCCGACGCCCGGACCACAGGGUAUAGUACCACCCUACGCAUUGUUCCCAAGACCACAUGAAACAUUAAGUACCGCUUCUCCUCCUGCGAGUUCUCUUUCGGCAUCUGCAAAACUUCCAAAAUCCGAAAGUGGAUUCAUGAAUGCUAUUCCACCAUCAGAAUUUGUGGAUUCAUCAUCUGGUUCAUCUGGUUCUUUUGGUUCCGGUCUCCAAAUUCCUACCACUACUGAUAGUAGUACUCCUAUGGAUCCAUCAAUGGAAGACUAUGAUGUUGACUUAACUGUCCCGACAACUGCAGUAACUAGUUCACCCGUUUUGCCAACAUCAGAGAAUAGCCGUCAAUCUUUAAUCACUUCAAUUAUAUCAUCUGGGAAACCAGCUACAAUCCCUGAUUGGAUCAUGGCAAUGUACACAUCCCAAUCGUCGUCUUCGAAGUUCUCAAAGUCUACGGCUUUCCCCACUUUAAUAACAAAACAAACUGAAAUCAAACCGACUACAGUUUCAAGUUUUGCUCCAAAAGUUCCUGAAACAAAAAUAAAUCAACCGACGAUUUCAUCUAAUAUUGGGGAUCUAUCAAAAACGGAAAAAGAAUCGACAAUUCCGAGAGUUGAAGUAACUCCGUCGGCAUCUCCUGAGAGUACAACUGUAACUGAACACAUUGACGCUGAAACUAACUCGGCAACAAUUCCAACAAUAGGAACACCUCCCUCUCCUCUAAAACCAAAAACAAAACUUGGAUUAACGUCGCAUCCUUCUGCAAUUCCACCGUGGGCCAUUUCUUCAAAGACCUUGGCUCCACCGGUUGCCCCACCCACGGUUACCGUUCCUUCUAAUAUUGCUCCAUCAACCACAGGUCAUCAAUCACAACAAACUCGUCCAACACCAACUACUCAUCGACCAGGAAUAACUCCUCCUUUGGCUCCAAAAACAAUUUAUCCAAGUUCACUCCAAACUGGAAGUUCUUCUCCAACUCCACCUGGAACUAGUUCAAUAAUUGUUGUUGCUGGUUCAAGAGCUUCAUCUAAUUACCCAACAACUGCUUCCAUAGAAACUGACGGAUCAUCUGAAGAACAAGAAGAGGAAAACACUAGAAUUCUUCCAGAGGAGACAUUAUCACCGGCAUCCGCUCGAUUAUGGACUCCUGAUAUGAUUUCCAAGUAUAUUUCUUCAAAGGCAAUCUCUACAGAGUCUGUUUCAUCUGCUGAACAACCUUCAUAUUUAAGUUCAAAUUUACCACAAUCUUCCUCAGUUGCUUCCGUUAAACCGCCUUCUAACUCAUCCUCUGUUGGUCAAAAUAUUGAAGUGACCGUACCUUCAUACUUUCCAGUUGAACAAUCUAAGUCUGUUACACAAGCACCUAUUCCACCUGCAUCUUCACCAUCAGCACCAUCUAUUCCAUCUAUACCUUCUACACUGCCUGUUGCUCCAUCAUCCUCUUCUGUUCCAUCUUCUCCAUCUGCACCGAGUGAAAGCACUUCCACAGUUUCUGAAACACCUGCACCAGUAAACGUAAACCCUGCAUCAAAUGAGCAUGAAGCAGAAGAAGGGCCAUACGAGCCACUCAGUCCACCACAACCAGCAGAACCAAAUCAUGUUGAAGAAUAUCAGAAUACCGUUGAUACCAUAAUCGAGAAAUCAGCAACACCUGCACCAGCACCAGUCACACAGCCUGCUGUGCAGCCAGCGCCGGGACCUGUCGAGCACAGAUACGAGAUUCCAGCUCCAGGUCCUGCUCCAGGUCCAGCUCUUGAGCCAGCUCCGGCUCCAACGUCCGCUCCUCAAAUAGUUGAACCACUUCCACCCGUUCAACCACUUCCUCAACCGCAACCUACGGAACCGGAGGAGCCACUUCCGAUUGCAACACCUGCCCCGCAACCUACUGAGCACACUUAUGGAGCUCAAGGUCCAAAUAUUGUUCCAGUAGUAACAGCAGCACCAUAUGUUCCACAGGAAACUCAAGCCCCAAUUGCUCCAAGUAAUCCAGAACCAGUUCAACCAAAUCCAUCGCAAACAGUUUCCAUUCCUGAACCAACUGGAAAUAUUGAAGAAGCAGAACAUGUUGAUGCUAAGCCAUCAUAUCCAGGACAAUCGUCUUAUAAUAAUUUGGAAGAAGAUCAUGAAGAGGGUCACAUCGCUGAGCUUCCUGCUCUUGAACCAGUUUCAGUUCCAACGGCAGCACCAUCCCUUCCUGGAGAGUCAAAUUACAGUAAUUUGGAAGAAGAUCAUGAUGACAAACAUCAUUUAGUUGAAGGACCAUCUGUACCUUCCACUCCAACUCAAACAUCUAGUGGAUCAAGUUACAGUAUUUUGGAAGAAGACAACCAAGAAACAAAUAAUUCAGGAGGACCAUCUUACAGCACUGUUGAUAUCUCGGCUGAAAUUGAUGUUGGAAAAGGAGGAGAACAACAAUCAUCGGAGACUAAAACUGAAACAAAGAGUGAAACUCUGACCAGCGGAAAAGAUAAUGAAUAUGAAGAACAAGAUUAUGAGACUGAGACUCAACCAACAGAAGAUGAGUCAGAAGAUCAUGUGGAAUCGAUUAGCAGUUUUGAUAAAGAGCAAGUCCCUCAAGUUGUUGUUCCAACAAAACCUGCCGGUGGAUACAGAGAUGGUGGAAUGGUGGAGAACACUGCACCACAACCAACAACAUACCAGCGUCCACAUCCAAUAAAAGUUCAAGUCAGACCAGCUACUAAACCAUAUCGGCCACGUCCAUCACCUGCACCAAGGAUUCAGCCAAGACCAUAUAAUCCUCAACCAGUCGUAGUUCAAAGGCCUCAGUUUAGACCUCAACCUCAACCAAGACCUCAACCCCAGCCACAACCACAGCCACAACCACAGCCACAACCACAACAACCUUAUAUUCAACGACCAGCUCUCACACUUCCCUUCCAACAACCUCAGUAUCCUCCACCAAUUCCAUUCCAACCAAGACCUGCUCCAUUUAUUCCAUUCCAACCAAUGGUUCAGAGACCAUCUCCAGCUGGAUGCUGUGGUGGACAGCUUUUCAGUCAACAAGGAGGGUUAUGUAUGCCAAUCAGUUUCAAUCCAUGCCAACAACAACAACAGCAAAACAACUGCGGUGGUGGUUGUGGCGGUGGAUGUUCUGGAGGUGGAAACUCUUGUGGUGGAGGAUGCAAUUCUGGAGGAAGUUGUGGUGGAGGAGGAGGUGGAUGUAGUUCUUCAUGUUGCCAACCACAAACAUCCGCGUGCUGCAAUCAGAUGGUAUCUACUUGCUGUCAACCACAACAAAUGGCUUGUUGUAACCAGCAGAACCAGUCAUGCUGCCCACAACAAGCUCAACAAUCGUGUUGCUGUCCCACUCAACAACCCAUUUGCCGGCAUAAACGAUCACUUGGCUACGCAAUGGGAAUCUGUCAGCGAAGGAGAGCCUGA